AAUUAUAAAGGGUGCCUCAAGACUGUCCAUAAUUAUAAAGGGUGCCUCGGGACUGUCCAUAAUUAUAAAGGGUGCCUCGGGACCGUCCAUAAUUAUAAAGGGUGCCUCGGGACUGUCCAUAAUUAUAAAGGGUGCCUCAAGACUGUCCAUAAUUAUAAAGGGUGCCUCAAGACUGUCCAUAAUUAUAAAGGGUGCCUCAAGACUGUCCCGUCCAUAAUUAUAAAGGGUGCCUCAAGACUGUCCAUAAUUAUAAAGGGUGCCUCAAGACUGUCCAUAAUUAUAAAGGGUGCCUCAAGACCGUCCAUAAUUAUAAAGGGUGCCUCAAGACUGUCCGUAAUUAUAAAGGGUGCCUCGGGACCGUCCAUAAUUAUAAAGGGUGCCUCAAGACUGUCCAUAAUUAUAAAGGGUGCCUCAAGACUGUCCAUAAUUAUAAAGGGUGCCUCAAGACUGUCCGUAAUUAUAAAGGGUGCCUCGGGACCGUCCAUAAUUAUAAAGGGUGCCUCAAGACCGUCCAUAAUUAUAAAGGGUGCCUCGGGACCAUCCAUCAUUAUAAAGGGUGCCUCGGGACCAUCCAUCAUUAUAAAGGGUGCCUCGGGACUGUCCAUAAUUAUAAAGGGUGCCUCGGGACCAUCCACAAUUAUAAAGGGUGCCUCGGGACCAUCCAUAAUUAUAAAGGGUGCCUCGGGACUGUCCAUAAUUAUAAAGGGGGCCUCGGGACCGUCCAUAAUUAUAAAGGGUGCCUCAAGACUGUCCAUCAUUAUAAAGAGUGCCUCGGGACUGUCCAUAAUAAUAAAAAGGGUGCCUUGGGACUAUCCAUAAUUAUAAAGGGUGCCUCAAAACUGUCCAUAAUUAUAAAGGGUCCCUUGGGACUGUCCAUGAUUAUAAACAGGGGCCUCGGGACUGUCCAUAAUUAU